UGUUUUCUAGCAAAAACUUAAGUAGAAAAAAAAAGGGGUAAAGAGCCCAAAAAAGGAUCAAAAUCUGCAAAGUUCUAGGGUUAGGGUUUAUCGAGGGUUUUUUUUGUAUGUUUGGGAGUGGGAAAACCAUGAAUGCGAACAAGUUCGACGCCAAGAAGCUUCUAAAGGACAAGAAGUUCUUGUUCGCCUCUUUCCUAAUUGCUUGGGCUGCGGCUCUCCAGGGGCACAUGAUGUGGUUACAGAGGCAAGACUCGUUCAAGGAGAAAUUUCGAACCCUAAACGAAAACGACGACCAGAAGGAAUCAUAGAGACAGGACCGGUGGCAUUGGGUGGUCAAACUUAAUACAAAUUGUGAGAUAUUUACUUUGCUGUUUUCUUGUGCUCCAUCCCUCAUUUUAAUGGACUAAAGAGAAGAUUGUUAUUUCUGCUUGAAAUGAAAAUCAAUCUCGAAACUUGUAAUUGCCUGGUUAGGUUUUAUGAACUGCAAAUGUAUUCUGUGAGCAUAUUAAUAAAAAACCGGUGACAGCAUUUUGUAAAA